GGACUCUUCAAGACUUUCAAGACUGCCUUUCGAUAUUCGUCUUAGAUGAACGCCCUCAGCUCCAGAUGGGCAAUUUGCCGGGAGCAUUAUUAUCUGUCCAGCCCGAGGACAUUAAGACGGUGCUCGUUCAUUAACCAAUAAAGCUCGCUGGAUAAUUGCAAUUACCAUUAACUGCUCUCAUGGCUUACGAGCGCAAUCCUCUCGAGCUUGACAAGCGGCAAGAAAACUUCCACGCUUUCUGGCUUCAAUUCGAAAAGCCAUCACUUCAUCAUUCGCCCCGUAUCCUGUCCCAACCAACCGCACACUUUAACAAUUAUUGCCGACCACACGUGGACAUGGACAAGGAUCUGGACAUGGACAUGGACACAGAUACGGAUAAGGAGUCGUAGUCCGAGCUUGUAAUGUGCUCAAUUUUUCGCAUUUUGCACAUCCGUCGGCCGGAACGUAGCCCAGGCGAAAGCGGGUUCGAAUGGCCACCUGCCAGCUGUAAUAAUAUUAAACAAUAUAUAUAAAUCACUCAGCUGUCCGGCGCACACAGCGGUAGGAGCACAAGGAUCCGAAAAGGAGUGACAGGGAGGGGCUUCAUAAAAAUUUACCGCCAUAAUGCUUAUUUUAAAAGUCAAUAUGUUCGGUGCCUGUUAUUUUAACACCCGGCGUGUCCAGGUGUCCUGGUCGCAUCCGCUUGCGAAAAGUACGAGACAGGCGACAGGAUCCAGAAAAGCUAAAGGAAGAGCAGCGGCAGGAGCAAAGUGUCAGGGGCCAACGUCACAGCCCACAACACACAACAUAAACAUAAAGUGAAAAGCCGGGCGAGAAAGGAGCAGGCUGUCGGGAAAUAAGUUGGAAGGUCCCAGGACUCCUGGCCCUGUUUCCCCUUACUUUCCAUUUUUAUUUUUACCCUGCUUUUUUUUCUUGUUUGCGGCCAUCUAAAGCCAAGCGUCACAUGUCGCCAGGAUGAAAGGGAGCGGCAGCUUGUUGUUCAUAUCCUGGCCUGUCGUCCGUUUAUGUGACGUGAUUAUGUGCAAAAAGUGCAACAGGCAGCAGGACCAACCCACCGUGUAAAGUAGCCCUCGAGCAAUGCGGAUGUCGAGGACAGGCUAGCGGGUGAGGACGAAGACGAGGUUGAGGUUGAGGGCAACUGACGGUGGUGUCUCACCUUCGUCGACUUCGAGCUGCAGGCUCGUUCGGCUUACACGUGAUUUUUGCAGAAAUAUCGUGGGAGAGUCGAGAUGCCAGGGGCGGCUGUCAGCCAACUUAUUCCGGUCAAUGUGGUUUAUUUUAAGCAGCAAAACUGGCUGCAUUUGUAAAUUUAAUAAAAUAAGCAAUCACUUUACUUACAAACGCAUUAAAUAGACAUUGAAUUUAAACUUGAUUGAAGCGGUUCUUAUCUGGGCACGUUCUCAUAGUGUUAUCAUCUCAGAAAACCAAAAAAGCUAGCGAACUUCGUGCGGUGCCUAUAUACCCUUUCUGUUAAUAUAUGUUCAGAAAGACAGGACGAAAUAAAUUGAAAGUAGCUUUAUGAGAAAUUUGUAAGCAGCUUAAAAGCUAAAACUAAGAUUCAAUGGAAACGGACGUUAAGACGAUUUUCUCAAGAAUACGUUUUUUUUUUUCUUUCGUGUACAAAGAAAAUGGAUUUUAUCUUAUAUAGCGAGAAACCAGUCCAUUUGAUAUUAAAUUUCGUGUUGUGGACGACAACUCCUUAGCUGUCCCUCGCAACGAAUUACCCGUCCGAAAGCUGUAUAAUAACCUGAUUGUGCGUUAAUAAAAUCUUGCACACUGAUUCAACUCAGUUUGCUGGCAGCAUCCGACUUGCACAGUUGGAAAAAAGUAAUAUCAAAGCUCACGGCCUCCGAUCAUGAGAACCACAUUCUACCCAGAAUUUAUUAAAUGGAUUUUAAUUUCGACUCUUGCCAUUUGUACGAUUGCUGUGCCCCAGGAAGAAGAUUAUGAAAGUGACGAUGAUGGAGAUGGAGACCUGGGUCUGGGACCCCCUGAAAACAUAGCAGAGCGAACCACAUUUGGGCCAGAAAAAAAAGACAAAUUUUUGAGUCUGAGUGGGUCUAAUACGUGCGGCAUGCGUUUAAUUGGUCAGGAGGUUUUUCCCAUCAACAAAACUUUCCAAACACAAUUCGGUGAAAAUCCCUGGAUGGCGGCCAUUUAUGCCGAUGGGAUAUAUGUAGCCGCAGCCACUUUGAUUCGAAACGAUGUGGUGAUCACUGCUUCGUAUCCGAUUGAGAAUACACCGCAGGGUCAAAUUUCUGUGGAAGCUGGCGAUUGGGAUCGACUGAGAACGGUGGAGAGGAAACCGCACCACAGCCGUUGCGUUAGGAGCAUCGUGUUCCAUGAGCAGCUGGCCCUCAUCUUCCUGGAUGCACCGUUCUUUGGCACACAUAUUGCUUCCAUUUGCAUGCCUCUUCCGGAGUCUGUUUUCAUCGAAGACGCCUGCCGGACCAUUGGGUGGGGACAACCCUCCUCCAGUUCAGCCUCCUCCAACCAAUCGGAUAUCCUGUGGUUCAGAAACUACGCCGUCAUGACCCACGAGGACUGUCUCGCUGAACUACCACCAGGAUCGUAUUCAGAUACGAAUGUUCUUUGCGGAGCUGAUUUGUUCAACGAGUUCAGUCCCCACAAUGUUGGAGGAGGACUUUUCUGCUUUGUUGGGCGAUACGUCCUGGCCGGACUCGCACUAUCGGGCAAGGACUGGGAACCAGAUACUAGACCCGCUCGAUUUCUGAAUAUUUCUCCAUUUGUGCCCUGGAUCAAAAAUGAAUUUGUUUUAAGAAACUUAACUCUAUAAAAUAUUUUUCCAUAUUGUUGGAAAUAUAA